AAAGAACUAAAGCAAGCAUAAUUUUGUCCACACGAUCGUCGUAUAUGAAGUCUUAUUUCUAAAACAAAGAAAAAAAUGGCUUCGCCUCAUAAAAAGUUAAAGAUUGAGGAAAAUGGAUCUCGUUUGAGUAAACUUUUAAUCAAUAAAGGAACCCAAGCCUUAAAAACAACAUUGCAUGUAAGUGUUAACAAUUUAUCAUCAAGUUUGACCAAUGAACUUAAUGAUUCGUCUACAAUGAACAAAUUGACUUCACUAAAAAAGAAAAAAGUCAUCAAUAUAAUGCAAUGGAACCUUCUUUAUCCAUCAACUGGUUCACCUGACAUUGAAAACUUUGAUAUUUCAUUAUUGACUGUCUUAUUGCGUAACAUAUGUGGACUAACAGCGCCACACGGUGGAUGGGACAAUCUUCCUUCCUCUUCAGAAACCUCAAUCUCAGCAAACAUUGCAAGAAUAAAGUUUUAUCGAAACAAAGUUUAUGGCCAUAUUAGCACAACUAGUGUAGAUGACAGUGAGUUUGAGUACUUGUGGCAGGAAAUUUCAAAAGCAUUGGUUGGUCUAGGUAUUCAACAAACUGAAAUAGAUGAAUUAAAGAAAGCUCCCCUUAGUUCCAAUGAGGCAAAUUAUAUUGAAAUGUUAAAAGAAUGGUAUGAAGAAGAACGACAGUUAAUUAAUGUCGUAGACAAAGUAGAGGAAAUCAAAGAAAGCAUGUCAACAAAGGAUGAUGUUGCAGCAAUUAAACAAGAGAUGGCAACAAAAGCUGACGUUGUUGGAAUAAGAGAAAUAAUACAGGGCAAAAUUUAUUCUGAUCUUAAGAAGCUUGGAAAGUGUAAGUUUAAUGGUCUUAUAAAAGAUCUUAACAAGAAAUACCUUGAAGGCACUAGACAAUGGUUAUUUGAAAAACUCGAUACUUGGUUUAACGAAAGAAGUGAAGAUGCUUCUAAUGUAAUGAUUUUGAUUGCCGGUCCAGGCGUUGGUAAAAGUGUGUUUGCUGCUGAGGUGUGUCGACGAUAUUCUGAAAAGAAGAAACUUGCUGCUUCUCAUUUCUGCAGAUAUAAUAGAUCAGAUGAGAGGAAUCCUCGAAUAUUGAUAGAAUCAUUGGCUUGUACCAUGUGUGAUACAAUAUUAGAUUUUAAAUGUAAACUGAAUGAAGAAUUACAGAGAAACCAUUCAAAUGACUCAAUCACCGAUGCAUUCCGUGUUUUAUUAAAUAAUCCAUUGCAUUCAUUGGAAGAUCAUAAACCAAUGCUUUUGGUUAUUGAUGCCUUAGAUGAAAGUCAAGUUGAUGGCAAAAGUGAAUUGUUGGAAUUGAUUACAGAAGAGUUUGGCCGACUGCCUAAAUGGAUUAAAAUCUUCAUCACCAGUCGUCCAGAACUUCCUGUACAAAAGGAGUUGAAAGACAUGAAUCCUGUGGAAAUUUCAACUCAUCCUCGUGAUGAAAACAACGAAGAAGACCUGUACAAGUAUUUGAGACAUCAGUUGAAUGAUCGUGUGCAGAAAAAUCGCUACCUUCUUCAGCCAUUAGUUGAAAAAUGCGAGGGAUCAUUUCUUUAUGCGUAUUACGCACAACUGAGCUUAAAAAAAGAAAAUAUUGAGUUUACUCACCAUAACAUUCAACAAUUGGUCCCUAGUGGGUUAAGCGGUGUUUACAUAAAGCAAUUUAAAAGAGUAAAAGAAUUGUUAACGAAGAAAAGUACCAGAAAAUCUGUUAUCUCGGAAACUACUUUUAUGCAAUUUCUUGAAUUGUUGGCUGCCUGUCGGGAAUUUUUACCAUUAACUUUACUGUUGAGCUAUUUAGGUUUUUAUGGUGACAUCAAGUUUGAAGUCCGCAGUAAAAUCAUUGAACUGUUAUCUCAAAUUUUGCCUGUUUACGAUGAUUGUUUAACCGUGUAUCACAAGUCUCUAAUUGAUUGGUUGAAAUCAGAUGGUUACGAACAGCAUGAGUUUACAGUUAAUCCAAAAAAUGGUCAUAAGUUCUUAUGGCAUGCUUGUGAGAAAGUGUUUGAGCAAAUUAAGUGUAUGAAUAUUUUUAAAGAUAAGAUGAACAAUGCUAUGAUUAAAUAUGCUUUGAAGAAUGGAAUCUAUCAUAUGUCAAAAUGUGGCGAAAAUGUUGACUUUAGCUGGGCAGUAGAUGUCAAAGUGGUUUAUGCGAGGUUAAUGGUUGUGGAAGACAUUAACAUGUAUACCAUUAGGUCUGAAUUGUUUGAAAUCAUUAAGGAACUACGAAAUUUCUUGAGAAAAGAUGAACUUGAGGAACUACUAUUUCAUUUCUUUAUGAGAAGAAAGGUGUCAGUUAUGAAUGAUGAUAGCUUACUUUAUUUACAAAGUUUUGCAAACAAAAUUGAUGGCAGUAACAAAAAAAGAUUAUUUGCAAGGGAUUUAUUGAAACAAGGAAAGUUUGUUUGGUUUGAGAAUUUAGACACAACAUAUUUAACAAACCAUCAUCAUUUGACUGUCUCCUUGCGUGCUAACGUUACAUCUCUUUGUGUGUCGUCCAAUGAAGAACUGCUUGCUGUAGGAUAUGAAAAUGGUCAAAUAUCUAUUUUUGAACUUCCAGAAUUUAAACAACGAUGCACUCUCGGCACUGCAUUUUAUGUUUCAAGGUUGGAUGAGUGGUAUGAUGUACACGAAUUUACGUCCAUGUAUGACGGCCAUAACUAUUCAGCAUAUAAGGAAUCUGGUUUUGUACAAGGAAACACACGUUGUUGCUCCUUUUCACCUACCGGAAAAAGACUGGUAACUAGUGAUGGAUCUAAUGAAGUAAAGUUGUGGGACGUUAACAAUGGACGUUUAUUAUUAUGUUUACAGUCAGAUGUUGUCGUUAAUCGUUGCUGUUUCUCAGAUUCUGGUUUGUUCAUUACAGCAGACUAUGUAAAACAAUCCAAAAAACUUCCUAAAGAAGUGUUCACUGCAUGGAAUUCAUUAACUUUGCAAAGAAUUGAUCGACGCUGCGUUGUUGAUUACCAAGAACUACAAUGCACCGAUAAAUAUUCAGAAUUCUUUGUUGCAGACUUCGUGGAGACUUCGUAUGUUUUUCAAUUCCCAAAGGCAAUCGAUAUUUUUUCAAAUAAAAAGGAAUAUCCACUACGUUUACAUUCAAAGAUAACACACCAUUAUCGUGAUUGUAUUCUUUAUCAUACAAGUCAGAAUAGAAAGCUUUCUGAAAUCACUCAGUUGACAAAAUACAACGAUGAAGGAGAAAUCGAGUUUUGUUUACCAUAUGUCAGUUGUCCAUGUGUUCGUAGGAAUAUUAACAAAGUCCAUCCAAUCUCGUUUAAGGAAUUUUACGUUGUGCCGUAUUUCUCCAAGCUUAAAAUUUUAAAAACUGAUCAUCUUUGGAGACCUUCAUUUAUCUUUGAGAAAUUUAAAAUUAAAUGUUGUUGUUUUUCACCGGAUGGAUCUUUUUUUGCUGUUUUCGCUGUUGGUGACAACGUCAACAUUCAUAUUUGGAGCAUUGAACGUUGCACUAUUAUUCAAACUGUACCAAUGCAACUGAAGAAUGCAAAAGGAUGUUGGUGGUCGGAUGGUUUAAUGUGGAUAUGGGAUGGUUCUGAUCAUCUUAUGAAGAUAUCAACUUCGUCUGAAAAUUUUGUAGAUUCUACUCAAGCAAAGCAUGUUAACAUUGGAUUUGAACCUAAGAAAAUCUUAACAUUUGGUGAUGUCUUAGUUUGUAUUGACGAACUAGAUUUUGUUCAAGUUGUUAGAAUUAUCAAGGGUGAGAUACAAUACAACAAAAGACUUCAUGUCGAUUGUUCAAAAUUUAAAGCAGCGGCUGUAUCACCUGAUAGUUCUGUUAUUUUAACUGUAAACAAAACAGAAUACACAUUAUGGGAAUGGGGAAAUAACAGCAAUGAGCUUUACUUGAAACAAUUGCAUACUACAGAAAUACCCAUAACAGCUGUCAUUGAAAAAUUAGUUCAAGAACAGAUAAAUUUAAAUGAUCUAAAGUUCAACUGCUGUAUAAGUGAUAGUAAACAAGCAGUCAUAGCAUUUUGCAAGGACACCAUAAUUAUGGGCAUUUAUGUAAUUAAUUUUCAAGAGAAUGGUGACGUGAAUGCAAUUUUGCAUGAUGUCAGUAAAUAUUUAUUGGACUCCGACCUAAUCAUACACAAAGCUUAUUGCAUUGGAGCGUCUGGUGGGUUGGUUGCUGUAGAUUUAAGGAGUGGUAAAGUAUGCGCUAAAUUUAACGAACAUAGUCAUAAUUUUAUGUCUAUUACAACUAUGCAUUCCAACACAGGAACUUUAGCUAUAGUUGACAGUCUUAAUUGCAGUAUUCAAUUUUUAAAACUUAAUGUUCCUGAAUAAAUACAUCAACUCAAACUUUAAUAGUAAAUUCAAAAACCUUUUGAGAAAAUUGCACUUAGAUGUUGAUUGUCGUAAGGAUGAUUGCUUGUUUCCACCUACUAUAGUUUUCUACAGAAGAAGUAUACUUAUUCUACCAGGAAAUCUUUAGGAAAUUAUCUAUAUUUACCAAAAAUAAAUUUGACCAAUUUUGCUAAAGAUCUUUUAAAUUUAUCUGUACUAUUUCUUGGAAUGUCUUACCUCCUGCUAUUAAAGAAUGUAAAAUAUUAUCUAUGUUUUGCAAUAAUCUGAAACGAUGUAUAAUUGCUUUUUAUAACACAAAUAACUUGUAUUUAAAAAGAACGCUUCUAUACUAAUUGAUCAUGAAUAUUUGUUUAUUCCUUUCUAAGAUUCUACUUGUAAUCUUCAUAAAUGAAUUGUCAUUUAAACAGGGCAUCCUCUAGAUUAGACUACUACUGUAAGAUACUCUGUCAAAGUUAUUAUUAUGUAUUGUACCUCUGAACAAAUUUCAUGUUGAUGAUUUACUUUUUACUAAAAAUGUAUAGUUAGAUAA